AUGGUGGAGCUCGCCAAGCUACUCGUCCACCGCCACUCCACCCUCGUCAUCUCCCUCGUCAUCAUCACCUCCCCCUCCACCGCCACCGCCGCCGUCACCCGCUACGCCGACUCACUCGCCUCCGCAGCCACCCCGCGCGUCAGCCUCCUCCGCCUCUCCGGCGAGGACGACCCUUCACUCCCAGCCGGCAAUGCUGCUGUCUCCAUGAUCGAAUCCCAAAGGACACGUGUCAGAGAAGCCCUGCUGGAGUUCACCCCGGCAGCUCGGCUCGCCGGGUUCGUCCUCGACAUGUUCUGCACCUCGAUGCUGGACGUGGCGGAACAGUUGGGUGCUCCCUCGUACCUUUUCUUCCCCUCCGGCGCCGCUUUUCUCGGCUUCACGUUCCAUAUCCAGACGUUGCACGACGAGGAAGGAUUCGACGCCGCCGCCGCGGAGUCCACCGAGGCUGAGUUGGUUUUCCCGGGUUUGGUCCGCCCGCUCCCGGGGAAGGUCUUGCCUUCAGGUCUUCUGCACGAGGAAUGGGCGGCUGCAUCAUAUAGAAUGGCAAGAGAUUUCAGGAAAAGCAAGGGCAUUUUGGUCAAUACGGUGAAGGAGUUGGAGUCAUAUGCGGUCGACUCCCUCUCCCGGACCGAGAACCCGAAGGUGUAUCCGGUGGGACCCGUUUUGAAUCUGAAGUCCGGCGACACGUCGUUCGAGUCGAGCGGAUUUGACGAUGGCGAGGUGUUUCGAUGGCUGGACCUCCAGCCGGAGUCGUCGGUAGUGUUCCUCUGCUUCGGGAGCAUGGGAGGGUUCUGUGCGGAACAAGUGAAAGAGAUCGCUCGCGCUCUGGAGGGCAGUGGCCAGAGGUUUUUAUGGUCCUUGCGUCGACUCGAAGGGGGACCGGCGCUUCUCCCAAAAACAACCGAUUACGGAGAUGUCAGGGAGGUUCUGCCAGAAGGGUUUGUUGAUCGUAUGAUGGAGGUUGGCAGGGUGAUAGGGUGGGCUCCACAGGCGGCCGUGCUGGCUCACGGGUCCGUUGGAGGGUUCGUGUCACACUGCGGGUGGAAUUCGACGCUGGAGAGCAUGUGGUUCGGGGUGCCCAUGGCUACCUGGCCAAUGUACGCGGAGCAGCAAUUCAAUGCUUUCUUGCUGGUGAAGGAGCUGGAAAUCGCCGCAGAGAUCAAGAUGGAUUAUCGAACUGAAAGCGGAGAGAUCGUGAGAGCCGAAGAAAUCGAGAGAGGAAUCAGAAGCUUGAUGGAGCAAAACAACCCAAGGAAGGAGAGGAUGAAAGAAUUUCGCAACAAAGUCGGGGCUGCGUUGAUGGAUGGCGGAUCUUCAUCAUCUUCAAUCGCUGAGUUUGUUGAAGAUAUCAAGAUCAAUUAUAGGAGUGAAAGCAAAGAGAAUGAGACGGCUGAAGAAAUCAAGAGAGGAACCAAGAGCUUGAUGGAGCCAAAGACAGAGAGCUUGAGCAAGGACAAGAUGAAGGAAUUUCGUUACAAGGUCAAUGAUAUGCAUUGA